AUGGGCAAAAAUGACGAUACGCCGACUCUCCGACACGUGCAUGAGGAGCAGUACCAGGAGCCAGACUACCUCUAUCUCACCUAUUAUGAGGACGAAGAUGAAUAUGAGGAGGACGAGGAGGACGAGGAUAAAGAUAAGGAUGAGGAUGGGGAUGAGAGCGAAGGCGAUGUCUCUCCAGAUACGGAUGAACUUUUUAUUGCAGGGGCCCCACCUAGAAGAUGGAAAGAUGAAUUGCCUGGUCUACCUGCCAUGGCUGAGGCGGCUGAAGCCGGUUGUCAGCUCUGCCAGUUUCUUCGCCAAGCCAUUCUUCGAAAAGGGGUUUCCUUUGAAGGCCCUAUCCAGGUGAUGGCAGGAUAUAUAUGGGGCGCUAGUCGCACCGAAUUUGAGCAAAGAGACGAUGGACUUGUGGCUUGGAGAUGUGAGGUUCGCGAUGGGAGGGGAGAGGGAUAUUUGCUGUCUGCCAUGGACUUUAACGUGGAAACGAGAAACGGCAAGUACUUUGGACCCUUUUGCGCCUUUAGAAAGCUAACAUAG